AUGGCCGAGUACUGGAAGGAGAGCGUGGCUCGGCCGGGGGAGGUGAUGCUCCUCCGGUACGAGCACCUCAAGGAGGACGCCGUAGGGACACUAAGGAGGCUGGCCGAGUUCCUCUGCUGUCCCUUCGCCGACGAGGAGGUGGCCAGCGGCGUCCCUAAAGUUGUAGCUGCGCUGUGCGGCUUGGACAGGAUGAAGAUGCGUCCAGACCUGCUAGCAGCGCUAGUGCUCCUGGGCCACCAGCAACGCCCUCCUGGUGGCAAGUGGGCCGCCUGCCCUGCUGCUGGCCUUGCGCCCCGUGCGCCCGCGAUCCGCGUGCUGCCAGCACGAGCCAGGCGCUGGCCUCUGUCCGAGCGCGAGCUCGCUCGAGCGCAGUCGCCGCCGCCGCCGCCGGUGGCUGCCUUCUCCCUCGCCCCGGCCUGA